AAGGAACAGUUGUUUUCUAGAAAAAGUACAUCGGUCUUGAAGAAAGAUCAACAAACUUGUUUUUUUCUGGAAGGACCAUAGAUUCAAAAAUGAUAUUAUCGGAGAGAUUUAGUGCUUUGAUUAACAGUUUGUUCAGUGGAAUUUACUGCCGUUAAUCUUGAUAAAAGAGACGCGAGGGUUGGCAACUUAAGUACGUGAUCUAAUUCGAAUAUUUACAACCGUGAAGAAUCAGUCGUAGUUGUUAGACGAACCUAUAAUUUCAAACAAUUGAUUGUUGAAAAUUACCAAUAAAAUAUUACUUGCGGUGAAAAUGGGCGGGAGCACAUUGGAUGUAAUGAUUUCACGUAAUGUUUUCAUUUUACCUCAGGAAUAGUUUUAAUUUAACACUUGUUAUCUUCAACACUGGUUAAAUUUCAAUGUCUCAUUUAUCAUUAUUUUAAAGAGUAGAGAUCGCAUUACUAAAUUGAAUGAAGUUUAUCUUUUUCGGUUCUCCUACGGUAGUCAAAAUGCAUUGUUAAAGCUUCGCCUGACAGCGAGCUGGUUAUUAUUGUAAUCACACUAAACUGCAGUCAAAAUAGAAUAUGAGAGAAAAGGUGAGAUUCGGAUCACUUCGGGCAAACAAAUGACUUGAAUGCUUGAAUUCGUAUAUAAUGGAACGCUAUACAACCGAAUCCUCGCAGUGGUAGAGAUAUGAAGGCUGAAAUGGACACCUCUUCAUGAUUGACACCCGCUGACAUGAUUGAUAGAGUAGCGCUGUUAACCCGCUAAAACGCUGGGCGGAGCAGACGACACUCGCUAAUGCUUGUUAUUGGUUGACUCCGUUCUACAUGGGAUACACCACAUGUCGGACUGUUUUAAUACAGCUUACACGGUUUACGAUAGAUAAUACUUGAAUGCUACGCUAGCUGUAUGAUCCUCGCUGUGAGAGUUGUAAGCUUUAGUUUCAUACUUGCAUUAUAAACAGGAGUUGUUCCAUAUAAACUUUAGGAAAGAGUGUAAUACAACGAUUGUUUCAGUUAACGUUGUUCAUUUAAGAUAGAGAAAUGGGGACGACGGACAUACAAUGUAUAAUGAUUUGGAUAAGAACAAACUGGGAUGGAAUUUAACGGAGAUAAUUUUGAAGCUGGCUUAAUGCCAUGUUUAUGUGUAGAGGAACGGUGAUUGUAUUUAGUGGGAUUUGCAGUGGCAGUUCUUUACAGCCUUUUCAUGACUGAUUUAUAGUAUACAAGUGAAGAGAAUGGCCGCGGCAGGUGUAACAAUAACACUAUUGUUGUUAUUUGUCUCGUGCUCGUUGUGCACGAGUGGGAGAAUGGAAGGAACUGGUAUCGUCAGGUCAUGUGAUGUUAUUAAACUGGACCUUUGUAAAGAUUUAGGUUAUAAAGUUACGGGUAUGCCAAAUGUAGUCAACAACACUAAUGUCAAAGAUGCCGAAUUGACUUUGCAAACGUUUUCACCUCUCAUUCAGUACGGAUGUUCCAGUAAUUUGAGAUUCUUUUUGUGUUCGGCUUAUUUGCCUAUGUGUACAGAAAAGGUCAAGACCACUAUCGGACCUUGCCGACCAUUGUGUGAAAAGGUAAAGAGUAAAUGCCAACCAGUAUUAAUAGAUUUUGGCUUUCCAUGGCCUGAUGCUUUAAAUUGCUCUCAGUUUCCAGCAGAGAAUAAUCAGAAACAUAUGUGUAUGCCAGGUCCAGAAGAGGUCGAAGAGGAAGUUCAUGCUAAAACACGAGAAAAGAUAGGUUACCCAUCAUCAAAAUUCAACCAAAGACAAUCUCACACAGACUCUACCAUAUUUAAGCCGAAAAAAGUUCCUUGUGCACAAUACAGUCACCCAGAUCAUUAUUUAUACAUUAACAGGACAAAAAGAUGUGCUUUAAAAUGUGAGGUAAAUGAGGCAUUUUCAGGAAAAGAUAAAUAUUUUGCCGACAUUUGGAUGUCGAUAUGGGCAGGACUUUGUUUUGUUUCGACUCUUUUUACUGUUUUAACUUUCAUUAUUGACUCCCAAAGAUUUAAGUAUCCAGAGAGACCCAUUAUUUUUCUAUCAAUGUGCUACAACUUUUACAGUAUUGCUUUUAUAAUUCGACUUAUUUCGGGUCGCGAUUCCAUUGCUUGUGAUAAUAUUGACAGUCAUAGCAAAGUCAGAAUCUUAAUCCAAGAAGGUUUAGAAAAUACAGACUGUGCCAUAGUCUUCUUACUUCUUUACUUUUUCGGGACAGCAAGUUCCUUAUGGUGGGUAGUUUUGACUUUAACGUGGUUCCUUGCGGCGGGACUUAAGUGGGGUCAUGAAGCUAUUCAGCUUCACAGCACAUUUUUUCACCUCGCAGCAUGGGCUUUGCCAGCAAUCAAAACUAUUUUAAUACUUGUAAUGAGAGAUGUAGAUGCGGACGAGCUAACGGGGAUAUGCUACGUUGGAAACCAAAAUAAUAAAACGUUAAUUGGUUUUGCAAUUUCUCCGUUAUUAGUUUAUCUCCUUGUUGGUACAAGCUUUAUUAUUGCAGGAAUUGUUGCAAUGUUUAAUAUUCGACGACGUGUUCGGAGUGAUGGUGUACGGACGGACAAACUCGAGGUGCUAAUGAUUCGUAUUGGAAUAUUCUCAGUGUUAUAUACAGUUCCAGCCAUGUGUGUUAUUGGAUGUUUAUUUUAUGAAUUUGUAAACAGAGAUUCGUGGUAUUUAUCUAGUGAUAGUUCACCACAGAUUGAAGUGUUUAUGUUAAAAGUAUUUAUGAAUCUGGUUGUUGGUAUAACCAGCGGUAUGUGGAUUUGGUCCCAAAAGACCAUCACGUCUUGGCAAAACUUCUUUACCAAAUUAUGUGUGCGCCGAGACGAAAGAAAACAUGCGAAAACGUACACGGUGCCAGUGUAUCACUAUCAACAGAUUCCAGUCAAAAACACUCGAACUCUUCGUCACGAGAAAUCCAAACGGACAGAUUCUAACAGCGGUACCAUAGUGUAGUAAGACUACAAAAGCAAUUCAAGUGUUAUACGCACAAUUAUCAGGUGCAGAUAGCACUUUUAUGCUUUUAUGAUAACACAAAAUGCAUUAUAGAAUAUCUUGAUAGUAUUAUUUGUGUACUAUUUUUGUAAAAAAUCGUCAUUUCAAAGGUGCCCCAAUUUUGUCUGUCGUCUUGUUAUCCGUGGUAAUUGUUUACUUUAUUGUUUCUAUCACCAAAUCGUACAUUUAAAUAUGCCAAAGAAUUCUGACUAAAGUAAAGAGUGGACCUUCUUGUAUACUUUCUCGUUUUAGAGAGUGGUUCUGAAAGUGCUCUGAAAUCUUCUCUGAAAGUAGACUGAAAUCUGAGUUGGAAUAUCCCAUGUUCUAAAUAGAAAUCAGUAAUUUCUCUGAUAUAUUCAUUGAUAAACAAUACCAGAAUUUCGUUAGCUAGUAAACUUCAUAUAUCUUUUAUUGUCAUGAAUAUUUUUUAUUGGGAAGGUUCUUUAUUUUGUCGGUCGUGCCAACAGUUUUGUUACAAAUUUUGAUUACUGUUUAAUUCAACCAUUAAUUCUUCAAAUGUCAGACAUAGUUAUUAUUCAUAUCAACAAAGAAUAUUGAGUUUAAUGUUUGCUUGUCAUUUCUCUACCGGGAUUCUUUUCAAAUGAAGUUUGAAAUCCAAAUUUCAUGUAGAAUUGAAUGGGACGGGUAGAUAGGCCAUAAAACACUUAUCGGUAUUUACUCGUUCUAAAUAAACCAAUUGUAAAUCAGACUGAAUAGAAUACAUAACCAUUAAAAUUUGUCACUUGAUUCAUAAAUCAAUAAGUUAUUGAUGGAUUUGACAGCUGUAAAAUUAUACACAGGUCACCGCAUUUCACUCUUUUUUUUUUCUUCAAUGCCAUAUCAGAUAUUUUUCUUUCAGUAUGUCCCCCGGUUUAUUUUCUAUUUGCUCUUAUUGUUUCAUAACUAUCGGUAUAAUUAUUUUUUUCUCUCUCCUCUAAAUGUUUUUAAAACUAAUUGAGCCUAAUAUUUCAGAUCGGAAAACAUCAUGCCAUAAUAUCUCUAUGCAUUGUUUUUCUUUGAAGUUAAAUCAUUAUAUCGUAACCUUUCUUCAUUUUUUUUGUUUGCCAAUAUUGCUCUUAAACGUUUCGUGUAGAUGGCUUAUGUUGCCGGCUGUUUGACUGUUUUAAUUGCCUUAAUUCUGUAUCCCAUAUUUAUAUAUUGAUUAUUCAAGCAACACGGGCACUUGGGCUAUUCUCAAUUAUUUGGUUUUAUCACAAAAUCUGUGUACAUUUAUCGUAAUUAUAAUCUAAUGGAAACAAACCGUCGUCAUCUGUUGACACUGUACAAUAAUUGCCCGGAACUUUUGAUUCUUGGAUAUAUUUAAUCGAUAAAUCCAUUUCAACCCUCUUUUAUAGCUACAUAAUCUUUAUUGAUUUGAAACGCUAUGAAUUGAUUGACCUGUCAGGCAGGACCUUGUUCAAAUCCAUGUGACAGAAAUAGUUUUGUUGUUACAUUAACGAUCUUUGAACCUUUAUCUCUUUUGUAUCCUUACUGAUACCCUUUUGUCCAAUUUUAAAAGAAAUUUAUUUAAUUCUGCACGGUUAAUCUCUCUGUAUUACUCGGUGAAUGUGUACGUGCCAUCUACAUUUGUUUGUCGGUGAUCACUAUUUUCAUUUCAGUGAGCUAUAUAGUUUAUUCCGUAAUGUUUUGAAAUGUUUACUUUCGUAGAAUCAUUCCAGACCCGCUUUAAAAAAAGUUAAGAACUGGUAUGGUUUGCAAUAUGUAGGUAGAGUAAUUAUGGAAGUGUUGAGAGAGUCUAAAAUAUACAAAUUAUCUAACAAACUCUUCCAGAUCAGCUGCGUACAAAUGCAGUUUUAAUGCAAAAACACUUUUGCUUUCGCUUAUUUUUCUUGCGAACAACAAUCUUAUCUGUACUGGAAGUUUUAUCUAGCACUUCUUGUAUUAUUAACUCUAGAACUCUUAGCGCAGUUUAGAUUUUAUAAGAGAGUAGUAUAUUUUAAUAUCAAAAAUUUAGUUUUGUUAACAUGUAAAUUUUGUUUACUUCUAUAUUUCAUUGUGCAAUUUUUAUCAGUUAUUUUCUUGUUAUCGGACAGCAUUAGUUUUAAAUCAGGCAAGGUUUUUUAUUCAUUUUUUCCUCCAUAAGUCAAAAUUCUUCUUGGCUUAAUAACGUUUAUAAUUAUUAAUAUUUGUUUUAUUCGCUCGUUAACAUCAUCAAAAUGUAAAGGGUAUAUGGAAGGUCGCUGUUAAGUGAACAUAUGAUGUAAAGAUGUGUGAUAUAAAGAUGUAUAAAGGAUUAAUUAGCGAUGAUAGAGCACUAUUUCUCUUUAUUGACAUCUUGAUAGAUUAUUAUUACAGCGUUGCAAUUUAUGGUCGGAUUACCCUUGACUGACAUUUUAUUGCCGUUUCUACCUUCUGGUUUUUCGAUUUUCGUCAACUGGUAGAGGAAUGGUUUUAUAUUUUGCUCGUACGGGUAAUAAAAUUUUUCUCCGUGCAGCUGCGAAUAGGAAAUGAUUAUAAAUUUGCCAAAUGUUAUCGGUAUACUUGAGGAUUAAGAAAUAAAACAUUGUUCUAAAACUGUCAAACAGGGCUAUCAUUUUUAUCUUGCAUUCUUAAGAACGCUCCUCCAAGAGGUAUUUGCAUAUUUAUAGUAAACAAAGAAACUGUUCGAUAAAGAAAAUAUGAAAAGUUAUGCCAUAAAAACAGUCGUCAGUCAUAAUCGUCUUUAUGAUUCUUGUAACAAAAAAGAAGACAGUUCAGUGAUUAAAAUUUUAACUUUAUAGCUCAUUUUGGCGGUAUUUCAUGUAAAUGCACAUGGCCCUUUUUGAUUUAUGUAGUUAAGAUCCUGUGCAUAUGCUAUCACUACUUCUAAUCACAUUCAUCGGUUAUACAUGGCUUGUAGCAGGGAGAAAAAAAAGCUUACCCCCGUAUCCCCCCGUAUAUCCAAAUCAGAUCUGUUGAAGACGUUGUUAAACUUUUCCAGACCAGUUCUGCUUUAUGUUUUGACUGCUGGAUAUAAUGAUUAAAGACACGGUGGUCGGCUACAAUAUUUAAAAUAAGCAUUUAACUCGUGCUGACGUACGUUUUAAAUGUGGCAGUGUGCAUUUAGAUAGGGAUGCAUUUUGAGAAUAAAACUAUGCAUAAAACAAUCUUAUCUUACAUCCCGUACAGCUUUGGAAUGUAUCUCACACUUACUUAGCAUAUCUAGGCUGCUGAAAUAAGAAACUUAUUAGGGAUUAGGGCUUUAUGUAUAAUCAGUUGAAAACAAAACAAAAACCAGAAUGCAUCACAACAUUUUAAUAGAUUUUCCUGGUGUACUGCAAUGUUUGUAUAUUUUUUACAGUUACAGAACGGUUCAGAAAUCCUGUUUAGUGCUAAUACAUUACAAUUUAACCUCUUCCGUUUUUACUCUUGUAACCCUUUCUUUUGAACUAUUUACAUGUUAUCAUAAUCUUAUCGGCUGCUACGCUAUUAUCGUUUAAAUAUCAGGAGUAUUCAAUGUAUUUUCAAGUCAUACGCCAUUUCUUUUCACAGGAGAAUAAAUGAAUUAUGUGUUGAAUCUUACUACUUCACCUAAAACGUUUAGCCUCUUAUACAAUUUGAACAUUUCUACGUCACCCACUGAGAAGCUUUUUAACUGACAUUUUUACUCCCGUUUUCAUAUAUCAUUUCCCCAAAGAUUAUGCAUACAGAACGUUUUCUAAUUUUUGCUAGGUUUGCGUUAAAUUGCAUUUUUCGGGCGGAUUUUCACCACUCAAAUCUGUCUGUUUUUAUUUUCAAGAAUGUGGUAUACUUUCAGAGAAAAUUUUAAAAGAUUUUAAGUUCCAGCUCAACACAUUGUUUUCAAUCAGUGCAUGUAAAUUAUCUGCGGUAUGGAACACAUUUAUAUGUAAAUUUUGUUGUUCUUUUUAUUUGCGAAGAACGUGUUUGUGAAUAUUUUCAAUUGUUUACAGUCAUUAAGAAGCAGUUACGAGACAUGUCAUAAGCCUUAUUACGAUCUGUUUGUUAACAGGUUAUUUUAGAGCUUCCUGUUCUAAUAAUAUAUAUGUUUAAUUGAAUUUUUCAUGAAAAGAAAAUGGUCUCUCUCUUUGUUUACAUUAUUGAUAUCGUUAAAAGUACUGUAGUUAAAUUAACAAUAUAUACUCGACAAUCACUGGAUAUAGUUCAAACUUUCCACUCAGUCUGAUAAAGAAAUGGUGACGGUAAUUAGUUAUAUCAAUAGAUUAAUUUUAUUCAAUAAUUGAAUGCUAAUUGAUAAACACUGUUGGCCAUUAAUGAAAUAUCAAAGCUGUUGCGGCUUAAAUAUUGGUGGUCUGACCUACAAAAUAGGUUGACACUUCACCAAAACCGAUCCAAUUUUCUAAAAUCUGUUGCUUAUUAACUUACCGUGUAAGGCUCCCAGUGUCAAAAAGAUUACCGUCUAAUUUAUUCUGGUGUUUUCUAUGUACGCAGCAUUACUUAUUCAUGUUCUCUCUGUGUAUUAUAAAGAAAUUCGACACCUGAGCUAAAACCUAUGAAAGAAUUUUAAAUACUAUAAUAUGAUAUGCAUCUUUCGUGUCCGCUUCGCGUACACUGUCCUCCCAUCAUUUCUUUGUCGUUUUAUGAAUUUUAGAUUUUAUUUGAAAAGAGUAGCUCCCUCUGAUUUAAUUGUUAAAAGAUUAUGCGAAUUUUUACGCAUACUAUUUCUGCUUGUACAAAAUAGAGAUAUUGUUCAUGAACUUUACUAGACAUUAAUGUGCAAUUUGAAAACAUCAAAACAAAAAUGAGAAGACCAAAUGAAUAAUAUGACAUUGUUACAGGAUAUGUAAGAUAAUAACAAUCCUUUUAAAAUUCGAAAUGUGUUUUACUAGUGUUAUAAUAUGUACGUAUAUCAUUAAUUCCGUUUUCAUUCAAGCUGUUUUCUAGCGCACAAAGCCUUUCAAUACAAAACAAAUGGUUUCCCUUUAAAGAUGUUUUAAGGUGUAACGCUGAAUUUGCAGUGCAGUUACCAAAAGCCAUAAGCGUGUAAAAUUAUUACGUGAAUAAUUGUGCAAGAUUUUUUAUGGUAAUUAUAUUUCGUUUGGCUUCUUUAAUACAGUAUUAACGUAUGAUUCACGGCGUUAUAUAGCAUUGACCUUUUAUCACUAUGUUGGCUUUUUUCAUCUUCUUAAAUGUUUUGUACUGUUAGACACGGAUUUUUAAAAAAAAUAUCGUUUAUAGUAUAUUAUAUUACAUUUUAAUGAAACAAAAAUCUUGAAGCAACAUGUGUUUUAGGCCACGCUAUUAUUUUGAUACAUAAUACCUGCUUCCCAGUUCUUGUACGGAAAAUAAUUAAGUCAAGUACCCAAUGCAGAAAGAUUAUAUACUAAUAUAAGCUUUUUGUAGUGUUAAGUUGUUUUUGAGUGGAUGAUUCGUAGCGUUUGUUUCAUUCUAGUUGAGAUCCAAAACAUAUAAGCUGUUCUGAUAUGAAUCUUUACGUCUGACCCAAUGGAUUAAUGAUUUAGAUUUAGUUUCCAAGUUUAUAUUUAAUUUCUCCACUAUAACUAUAUAUGUCACGCAUUACUCCGUGAAUAUUUUAAACGUCAUGCAAAGAUAACGCGGUAGGUCUUAAAAUUUAGAUGACAUCUCCCCGAUAUUUUAAGUCCAACAUAAAAGCAAAUAAUUGCUCCAACCAUUUGCUUAACUUUGUUUGGGGCUUAGUUUAUAUACAACAAUCUAGCUAUUUGUUCUAUGAAUGUUUUCCCCCAUUUCCUUCCCCUUUCAAGAUAAUCUAUGAAAUCAUGACCGGAGAAAAAUGUUUAGUAUUUAUUUGUUUUUUAAUUUUUAAAAGAUAUUUCAUAAAAAAAACUUUACUACGUAAUAAUUUAACUUAAAUCUAAAUAGAUGAUCGAAAAUAAAAAAUCAAUAAUAUAAUUUCCGGGUAUUUUAGCAUCUUUUGUUUUAUAUUUCUUUAUAUUAUGUCAGGCUGACUAUAAUUUUCUCAAAAAAUUCCUCUUUGAUAGUUUUCUUCCAAACUUUCUAUCACUGUCGUUUCAUUUUGGUUAUCAACAAAAUAAAAUAGAAUAUUUUUACUCAAAGAAUGGUUAUUUUGUAAAUAUGACAUUUUAAAUAUUAUUAUUUGGAAAUUGCUGGAGAUUUUUUGUCUGAGUAGUUUUUUUAUCCUUUCACCGUCUAGAAAAGCAGACGACAUUUAGUUAUUAUUGUACAAUGUAUAAUUAUCAUUAAUAAAAACAUGUUGACCAGCAUUUUUGUCGUAAACAAAUAUUUGUUAAGAUAUAUUUUACAAAUGUUAUUGUCUGAGUAUUACUGUUUGUUUUCCUUUUCUUCGUUAGAAAUCUGUAUAACUUUAUUAUUGUUUAUUUCCUAAUAUUACAAACGCAAUGAGUAUACUACAUUUAAAUCUGACAGUUUUAACUCUUACAUUGCUGUUUUUUUUUAAGGAAAUGUGUGAGUUCAAAUUCUGAACUGUCAAUAUAAGCUUAAGAUACAUUUAUACGAAAAUGUUACAAAAAACAUCCAACAGUAUCGAACCUGUUAGGACAGUGCGAUAGCACAAGCAAGUCGUUGCCGGUACCAGCACUGUAACGGUUUAAAGGUUCACACAUUUAUAUGUUGAAGUUGAUAAACAAAAUCAGAUUCCAAAUGGUUCUACUAUGUAUUAUGAGAAUUUCUCUCAGCAUUUAUAUGAAAUUCAGGGCAUCUAAUAUGUAAAAUAUAUAUGUGUUAAUUGAAUGUUUUGUUAUUUAUAUGAUGAAAAAAUAAAUAAAAAUGACUAUGAUAUAA